AUGUCGCGGCCUUUGGCUGGGGAUGCUGGUAGACUGACCGGUUUCAAGACUUAUACGUCGACCACUAACUUGCUGCUACGAUGGUGUAUGCCGAAGGAUGACCGAUCACCUGGAUCUGACAUGCAGAUGUUUUCGGUCCUAACCGUCAACCCGAACGAUGGGUACCAAGAAAACUUGGCCAACGCCGCCAGCACAAGCACCGCAAAUGUCACCAAGACGUCCGCCGUCGUCAGGGAUUUUUUUCCGCCGUUGCCUCCGAGUGUUGGGCAUUUCAUCGGGCUACCAACGUCUGUGACGUUAAACACGAAUUCGAAUGCCGGUGUGAAACAAGGCUUUAUCGUGUUGGACAAGAAGACGGAAAUAAUGCCCGUUAAAAGCGAAUCUCUUCUGCCUUUCCGCAACAAUAUGUUUUCUCAGAACAGCUUUCCUUCCAUUUUCACAGAGGAAACACCUCUGUCUUCCGUUACGAAAGUGUUCAAUCUGUCGCCUGGAUACCAGGUGAACACUAAGCAAUGUUCUUCCAGCCCACACGAGUCCAACUUCCAGCCGUUUCAGGGAUCUCGGCCCCUUACUCUGCAAGUGAACACAGUGAGAGGCCCCGCCUAUGUGCAACUCCAGCACACGCGCCCGUAUCCAAAAAACGUUAAAGGUAAGCAUUUAUUUGCGUUUUAUUUCUUCUUGGAAAUCCGUUCUAUGCAUCGCAGUUUUCGUUUGCGUAACCUCGCAUUUCACCUGUUAUAUUCUGUUCAAUUUCUGCCACACUUCCCAUAAUG